ACCUUUUGUGUCUGUGUUGGAUUGUAAAGCUGUGAGUUUGAACAUUUUUGCUUUUUCUUUCUAAACGGAGUCAAAUACUUCGUGCUGUCUAUAUAAGAAGAGGAGGAAAUUGAGACCCAGAAAAUCAAGUUUGAAGAAAAAACAUAAGAGGAUAAAGAGCUAUACAUGGAGGCUGCUAAGGAGAGAUCUAGUCAUGGAGGUGGAGUUAACGAGGAGAAAAGAAAUGAAUCUAGUGCUCAUGAAGAAGGAUGUAAAGAAAAGAAUACUGUAAUCAAGCAGGUGCCACCCAUGGGAGGAUCCUUGAAGGAACCUGACUCAACAUCUUCUACAAGCCGAAAGGAACAGGAUGAUCAGCUUCAAUCUGCUAGAGCAGAAAUGGGUGAGGUAAGGGAAGAAAAUCAAAGGCUAAAGAAGUAUUUAGAUCGAAUGAUGAAGGAUUACCAGACCCUUGAAAUGAAAUUCCGUGACAUUGUUCAACAAGAAGGGAGAAAAUCUAUGGAUACAGCUAACAAUCAUCAAGAAAUUGAAGAACCCGAGUUUGUUUCCCUUAGGCUUGGAAGAACCUUAAGUGAUACAAAAAAGGAAGAAAAGAUUAAUGUGGUAUCUACCCAAUGGAAAGAAGAUGAGGAAACUAAGGAAGGCCUAAGUCUUGGACUGGACUACAAAUUGGAAUUGUCUAAAUCAAUAGAAAAUCAAAGUCCUGUUAAUAGUUCUGAAGAAGUAAAGGAAGAAGCUAGAGAGACUUGGGCACCUAGUAAAGCUCUCAAGAGAAGUGGAGAUGAUGAAGCUCCGCAACAAAAUCCUGUGAAGAAAGCUAGGGUUUGUGUGAGGGCCAGAUGUGAUACCCCAACUAUGAAUGAUGGAUGCCAAUGGAGGAAAUAUGGACAAAAGAUUGCAAAAGGAAACCCAUGCCCUCGAGCAUAUUAUCGAUGCACAGUUGCACCAUCAUGCCCAGUAAGAAAACAGGUGCAAAGAUGUGCCCAAGAUAUGACCAUCUUGAUCACCACCUACGAAGGAACACACAACCAUCCACUUUCUAUGUCAGCCACUGCUAUGGCUUCCACCACUUCAGCCGCGGCUUCAAUGCUUUUGUCCGGCUCAUCAUCAAGCUCCCAAUUACCUGGCCAUAACUCAUUAGCUACCAGUGGCUUAAACUAUUAUCUAUCAGAUGAUAUAAAAUCAAAGCAAUUCUACUUACCCAAUAAUUCUUCUUUCUCAUCAUCUGUACCUUCAUGCCCAACAAUCACUCUUGAUCUCACUUCUGCUCCAUCCUCUUCUUCUUCAACUCAUUUUAAUAGGCUUUCUUCAAACUACCCUCCAAGAUAUUCUUCCACAAGUCUCAACUUUAGUUCUUCUGAGUCCAAUGCAGUGUCUUGGGCCAAUGGGUUCCUUAGCUAUGGCAGCACUCAACCCUACUACAAUAGGAACCAAAUUGGAAACUUGCCUAUUGGAAGACAAAUAGAAAACAAUAUAUAUCAGUCCUACAUGCAAAAGACCAACCCAACUCCUCCUCAACACUCUCAACAAGAGAAUAGUGCCAUUGCUGCUGCAACCAAAGCAAUCACAGCUGACCCAAGUUUCCAAUCUGCUUUAGUAGCUGCACUCUCUUCAAUCAUGGGCACUGGAGGUACUGCGGCAAGUGGUGGUGCCCAAGGAAAUCAUGGUGGAGGAGAUAAUAAUUUUGGCCAGAAAUCACGAUGGGGUAGUGAGCUAUUUGAAGCGCCUUCUACCACCUUCCCGGCAUCUCCGCCUAAAGGACACGAUUGUGCAUCAAGCUUCUUAAACGAAACGCAAUCAACGACAAAUUCACAACCCGCAAGUUUGAUGUUUCUACCACCUUCAUUGCCGUUAUCUACUUCCAAGAGUGCAUCUGCAUCUCCUAGUGACAAUAGAGACCAUUCAAAUUAAUGGGUUUUGAAUUAUACUCAAUUAGAAUGUUGUUUAUUUUGUCUUAGUUGGCCUGUAAUGAUGUAUGAUAAAGAAAUUUGUUCAUGAAGAUGGCGACAGCAAGCAAGGGAAUUUGAAUAAGUUUUUUCCUUAUUUUCCUAACAGAUAUUUAUGUUUUGGGGACAAUAUUAUGAUGAUUCAGCAAGCAUGUGAAUACAUAUUUUACAGAUAGUGGAUAAAGCUUACCUCA